AUGGAAAAUGGGGCGGUUGUGGUCCUUGGUGGCGAAGAGGAUGGUGGUGAAGAUACCUCCGACGCCGGAGCCGGUGGCUAUGUCGAAAUAAUCAGCAAUCCGAGAAUCGGGAUUGCCGGAUUUUACCUUCAAGGCGUUCUCCAAAUAGGCCAAGGCUUUCCCGGGGAUGAUGCUGCGCAUUCCGCCGCCGUCGAUGCUCAGGACGUAUAUUUUGCCUCUCUGAUUCUUAAUCGCCUGAAGACCAUCCACCUCCGCGGCAGCUUUAGGGGAGGUAGAAACGACCUCUUCAAGCAGGGGCGGGGUUGGAAUCGGUAUCGAUGCUGGGCUCUUGAAGCGUUUCCGAUGAAGGACGACGGUGACUUUCGACGUCGAACCUUCGCAUUGUUGGGAUGCCGCCGGAGCUUGCUGCCGAUGUUGUUACAGUUGGAACUUGGGGGAACGUAUCCUUGCAGAUGCCCCCAAAUCAGCCUGACGUCGAAGACGGGCUUCCUUCCAAAUUUACAGACUUCACGGCCCCAUUUGACUUGGGCAGCCGUGGCCAGUUCUAUGGCUAUAGAGGACUAA